GGAGUAGUAUAUGCCACUUCCCCAUUUGCAGCUUUUAUUCAAACUUUUGAAAUUCUCUUUCUCUCCCCAUCCUGCUUCAUUUUUCCCUUUUUUAUUUUUCAUUCAUUGCCUUGCAUUUCGGUACUCAAAAAGCUUUCUCAUGGCUAUCAUCUACUUUCUUUUAUAAGUUUUGCAGGUCACAAGUUUUUGACUAACUAGUUCUGUUUUCUCUUCACAAACUUCUUCAAUAUUGGAAGUGCCAAGAUGCCAAGAUCAAGGACUAGGGGCUCGGACAUGCCACAAAGGCAAUCUCCUCGAGGGACGCAUCAGGUUAGGCCAUCGAGUUCUGAUUCAGACCCUUUGCAUCAUCGACCCAUUACUGAUCGUAGUAGUCCUAAGCUUGGAGAUCGUCGUUCACCAAGAGGUGCUCCACAAUCUGAUCCAUUGAACCAAAAGAAGCUUGGCACUCGUAUUGCAGAUUUAGAAUCUCAACUGGGGCAAGCACAAGAAGAGCUGAAGAAUCUCAAAGACCAGUUGGCUUCAGCAGAAGCUGCAAAGAAAGAAGCGCAACAAGAGCUGGAAAAUAAGACCAAGAAGCCUAAAGCUCGGGAACCUGUUGAAGUUAAUGAGAAGGUUUCUCCGAAAAGAACUCGAGAUUCUAAGAAAUCGGAUUGUAGCAUCAGAGAUGAAGUUUCUGAAGAUAACCAACAAGAAACUGAUGUGUUUGAAGUCACAGUGGAAAAAACAGCAAUUGAGCCUAAGGUGGAAACCGAAGAAGUCGAUCAAGUAGAUGAGAAAACCAAUGCAAUAGAGAUAUCGAGUGUACCACCAGCAGAAUCCGAGCUGGAGAAACAAUUUUUCCAAGACUUGGCUUUGAAAAAUGAUGAGAUCAAUAUGCUGAAGUCCAAGCUAGAAGAAAAAGAAAAGGAGCUUGUUGUGUUCACUCAAGAGAACAAGGACCUGGAAAAGCAGCUCAACGAAGCGAACUCGAACAUUUCGAGUGCUAAAGUUAAGGAAGAAGAAAUGGCAUUGCAGUUGGGCCAAGUAGGGGAGGAGCUGGAAGCAAGCAAAACAAAUACAGCUCAAUUGAAGGAAAAGCUUCAAUCAGUGGAAGAACAAAAGGGGGCACUGGAAGCUGAAAUGAAGAAGCUAAGGGUACAAACAGAACAAUGGAGAAAGGCAGCAGAUGCCGCAGCAGCUAUUCUUUCCGGUGGUGUGGAAAUGAACGGGAGGAUUUCAAACCGGUGUAGCUCAAUGGAUAAGCAUUUCAAUGGCGUGUUUGAGACACCAGCUGGUGGAUUCGCUGGUUAUGUCGGAUCACCAGGCUUAGCUGAUGAUAUGGACGAUGGUUUCGGAAGCGGAAAACGCAAAGGCUCUGGGAUUAAAAUGUUCGGAGACUUAUGGAAAAAGAAGAGCCAGAAAUAAAACUUGAAAGACGACAAAGUGGCAUAUUAUUGUGAAAUGGUUACUCACCAUUUCAGUUUUUGUUGGUCCAUGUGUUCCGAUUAAUGCAGUCGGUUUUUGGCUGCCAUGUCGUAGUAUGCAAUGUAAUGUUAUUUAAGGAUGAUCUUUUAAUAUGUUGUGUUAUUUUAUGGGGAGCAUUUGUUGAACCACUCUGUAAAAAAAACCAAGGUUCCAUCAUCUAUGUCCUAUUUCAUUCAAAUUUAGCUAUGUUUCAUUUGAUGUGUA